AAAUAUUUUGCUUUCCACUGUGCGGAACAGCCAUUUGGAUAAUGGCGACUAUGUAAACCCGGCAAAAUCGCACAUUGGCAUAAAUUUACUAAUCCCAUAUCGUUUAGAUGUGUUUCAGAAAGACAUAGUUAUUGCAACUGAGUCAAUACACUUCUAAAUAAUCAUGCAGGAGGGUGGGACCUCAGAAAAAACUAAAGACACCAAAGUGAAGAGGGCUAGCCCUGAAAAAGCUAAAGAGCCUGAGGCUAAAAUUGAAACACCUGGCAGUACCUCAAAGAGAAAGCGAAAGGCACCUGCAGCUGCCACACCAAGUGCAGACGUAGAUCAGAGGACUCCAUUAAAGCGUCAGAGAGUACCUGUGCAGAAGUUCCAGUCUCCUGCCGAAGAAAUUAUCCCUCUUCCUUCGACAUCAAAGCAGAAGGAUCAGGCAGAGUUACUGCAUAAGAAAGGAUGUUUCCUUGGCGUGAGAGGGGAAGAAGGGUCUUUUUACCUGUGUAAGACGAUACAGAAUGUGUUUAGUAACACGAGGAAGUUUAAGAUCCAGUGGUUGGAUUUAACAGGGCCACCAGAUGUGUAUAAACUGGACUUUGCGGACAGCACUGAUGCUGAUUGUAUACUGACCAAUGUAAAGAUGGAGCGUGUGGCCAGAGACACGUACAGAUUACCAAUAAAGGAGCAGACAAGAGUGGAAGAGAUCUUACACAGAGCAUUGAAGAAAGAGCGAGGUGAACCAAUUGAGGAUUUAGUUAUACUUCCCUCAGAGUCGGAGGAGAAUGAAGAAGAUGAAGACUGGGAGGAUGAGACACCAAAGAAAUCAAAGUCGAAGAAAUCAGCAUCUCCUCCUAAAGAGAAAAAAGUCAAGCAGUCUAAAUCAGAAAAAGGGAAAAAAUCCACUACACCUAAGAAAGUGAAAUCAGAGAAGAAGAAAGGACCCGACAGAAAUCUUCAACCUAAUCCAAAGAUAAAAAUUCUGGAUAAAGAUCCAUUCUUUGAAACCAGAGAGAAAACGGAGUUUGUUUCCAAAUCAAAUCAAGGAAAACUGGCAAUACGUGCUGUGCUUCUCAAUGAUAAGAAACUACUGAAGUCUCUUAUUGAAGACAAGGAAACUGUCUACAAGUUGGACGAGAUGCGUUCUGUUGAGGUGAGCAAGAAUGCCCUACAUUAUGCUAUAGAAAAGGGAGACCACGAGGCUAUCAAAAUCUUGGUAAACGAUUUCUUUGUACAGGAUAAUGAACGAAUCGAGAAGGGGACACCACAGUCUGUGCUUAUACAAUCUAGUGAUAAAGGAAGUUAUAAUCCAAGGUCAUUAGGAGGACUUAGAGGAGUUCGGGCAAUUUCUCAGAGCCGUGGUAGUAAGCAGGGCAAUGAUGCAUUCAUUAUGGAUCAAGGGAAAGAUCAACACAAUUAUGAGGACUAUAUAGAAGAUGCCUUGAAGCUUGGGGCCAGCAAAGAGACCAUUACAGUUCUUGCAAAUGCUCUGAAAAAUCAGACUGGAGAUUUGAUGGCGCGUGCAGUGAGUAACGUAUAUCAAGCAGUGUUGUGUGGAAACCGUAAGCUGGCAGGAUACCUAGUUGAAGAAGGACUGAAAGACAGUUUCACAGGAUUUGGCUAUCUUCAUAAAGAUGUACUAAUGUUUGACAAGGAAGAGCUGAGACAAACCAUUCUGGCAGCCUCAGUUAAAAAGAAGCCUUGGGAUAACAAAUCAAUAACACCAUUACAUUGUGCAGCCAUUAAUCCAAAUGUUGCAUACUUAAAGCGUUUACUUACUAUAGAACCAAACAUAAACUUGGAGGAUCGUGAACACAGAAGACCGAUACACUUUGCUGCAGUGUGCGAAGGUGUAGGACCACUAGAGUUCCUCUUAGAAAGAGGUGCUAGUCCAAUAGAAGUUGAUACAAGAGGUAUGACACCUCUACAUUAUGCUUGUUCUGCAGGAAGACCAAGGAAUGUGGAUAUUCUGCUUAAAAAAGCUAAAGAAGCUUCAGCAAAGCAAGGAGAUAUGGGUCAAGAGAAGUGGGGACCUGGUGGUGUGGACAGACCAAGUCGGUCCUCAUAUUGCCCUGUACAUAUAGCAGUCAGUUAUAAUCAUGCUGAUGUACUGAAGAUAUUGAUAAAGCACCAAGUAGAUGUGAACAAAGUGUUGUCAGCAGGGAAGAACAAGAUCACUCCACUGAUGAUUGCUGCAGGUCACGGUGACAUGGAGAUCUGUAAAGUUCUAGUACAAAAUGGUGCACAUAUUGAACAGCUCGAUAAAUUGAAGCGUUCAGCCCUGAUCCAUGCUGUUUUGAAUGGUAACACCCACGUUGCCUCUUACCUGUUACAUCUGGGUGCCGACCCUAACAGAUGUGAUUCCUCGGGGAAUUCAGUUGUACAUUACGCUGCAGCUUAUGGCUGGUUAUUCUGCCUGAAACUGUUGAAGGAAGCUGGGGCUGACCUGGGCUUAUCAAAUCAGUGGAAGACAACACCCAUUGGUAUAGCAUUCCUAAAGGGACAUAUUGGUAUAGUAGACUACCUGAUCAAACAGAAAGAUGUGGACAUCAACUUUAAAAAUGAUGAAGGUUUAACACUGUUGAGUGUGGCCACUAGUAGUCCUCUGACACCAGGAUUGUAUGAUCAAAUCAGAUACCUGACAGAUAGAAAGGCCAGUCCCUCUAUAAAGGAUGUGAAUGGAUUGAAUGCUUUACAUCAUCUGGCCAGGAACAGUAUAGCAUUCAUACGAGUAAAUUAUGGUUGGGGCUGGCAACAACACAUACAGACGAAUGAAAUAGAUGAAGAGAAAAUGGACCUAACAGUGAAAAUAGCGAAGUCUUUAUUGGACGCUGGUUGUGAUCUGACAGCUGAAACAGAGGAUGGUAAAACUGCCCUCAUGUUUGCCAUAGAACAGCUGAACAUUAAGUUGAUAGAGUUUUCUGAUAGUGGCAAGACCAUUCUUCAUCUGAUGUCAGACCUGUGCAUGGACUCUGAUCUUAGUGGUAUACUCAAGAUACUGGUGGAACAGAAACCCAAGUAUAAAGAGGCAAAGACAGUUAAAGGGAGUGAUAAUAAGAAGGUUGUUGUAGAGAAUGGUGACAUUGUAGAGGAGGAUAAACCAGAGGCAAUGGAAACUGAUGGUGAUAAACAGUCUGAUAAACAGAAAACUGACAGUGAUAAACCCAAGGAAAAUGGUUCAGGGGAUUCUAAAAUAGAUGCUGUAAAUGGUAUGGAGGUAGAUGAAGUAAGCCAGCCUAAGUUAGAGAAGAUGGCAUCUAUAGCUUCUCAGGAAGAUAUCUGGCCAAUGAUGGCCACGGAAUAUGAUAAUGAUGGAUACACACCUUUACUCUGGGCAUGCAAAAUAUACAGGGACUUCAAGAAAUCUGGUACAAUGACCGAUGCUGAUGUAAAGAAAUGCAGCGAGAAUGGCCGUAAGUUUAUUCAGGCUAUGAUAGAGCUGACCGGUGCCGAUGUGUCGGCUACAGUUCACGAGAAAGUCUUCCCUGCUGAUCAUAAAGUAGACACAGAGGAGGAAAAAUAUACAGCAGAUGGUAAAUUCUCACCUUUACACAUGCUUAUACAUGUCGGUCACGAGGUUACGGAGAGUUUGAACUGUGCUGGUCUCCGCCUGAUCUGCCAGUACAAGCCCAACACGGAACACAGAAACCUAAGUAACCAGACAGCAUUGGCAUUAGCUGUAGAAUCCAAAUGUGCUAAAGCGCUAGCAGAACUAAUCAAGAUUGGUGCCGACCCCAAUACAGUAUAUGGUUUGGAAGCUACAGGAUUUUUCACACCUUUACAUAAGGCAGCAGAUCAGUCUUCAGUGCAGAUAGUAAAGAUGUUGAUAGAUGCUGGGGCUGAUGUCAAGAAGCCAAACUCUAAAACCGGAGAACAACCCUUAAACCUGGCUGUCCAUUAUAGAGGUGAUGAGGCCAUUGUUAUUGAGAUAGCUAAGUUAUUAUUGAAUGCGGGGGCUGAAGUCAAUGCCGGUAAACAGCCAGCUCUUCACACUGCGGUACUGGCUAAUCUAGGGACGUCAAAUGCCAGUACAGAACUUGAAGAGUUUCUUAUUUCCCGAGGAGCUAACGUUUUCGCUAAAGAUGAGGAAAAUAGAUUACCACUUCACUAUGCAUUUAUAUCUAAAAACAAUCCAAAUUCUGUGUCAGCCUUAGACCCAAUAGAAUUGUGUAGUGUACUCACAGAUGCAAUGGAUAACAAGGAGUUAGAUUCUCGAGACAAGAAAGGAAGGUCUCCGUUACAUUUAGCUGCUAUGAGAGGGGCAACCAUCUGUUGUAUUCAUUUACUACAGAGAGGUGUGCCGAUCCUUGCUACAGACAUUAUGGGCCAUACAGCAUUAUCAUUAGCAGUAGAUUAUGAACAUGACAGCUGUGCAAUAAUGUUACUACAGAAGGGAGCAAAGGUGGAUGCUACCAUUGUAGAACUGGUAGAGAAAAAAGAUCGCAGAGAGUACUAUACUUCCAGCAUUACAUCAAAGAAACUUCCCAUCUGGAAAUGGAAACGCUCAAGAUAUGCAGACAAAGUGGUGAAACCGUACCAUUUUGAUACAUACCAGUUUGCUAUUGAAGGAGAAUUACAGGGUGUUGCCCAUAUGAUUCUAGAUGCCUCGGGACUCACUGGAAAGGCUGUUGAGGCUGCGUUGAAGGUGAACAAAUACCACAUUGCUCUACGACAUCUACAUCGUAUAAAAGACACGGCUAUCAUCAGAGAUUACAAAAAUAAAGAUGGUCAGAAUCUGUUACAUAUUUUGGCUCUCGAAACAACCCCUGGUAAAGACAGUGCACUUCAGUUAAAGGUUGCUAAAGCUCUAGUAGAGAAAGGCGUGUCAUUGACUGCUCUGGACAAGUACAAAAGAUAUCCCUUGGUUUAUAUUGCUUACACACAUCAACCUAUAGAACUUGCUAAAUAUUUCCUAGAGAGUAGUGUCAAUCUGGACUUGAACAAGAAAGAUGUGUAUGACAGAACAGUUAUGGUAGCGCUGUUCUGGGACCAACAAUCGAUCCACAAUGAAAAAACAAAUAGAAAGGCUUACAUUAAAUUGCUUUUGGAUGGGGGAGCAAGUCUCGAUGUUGUGUACACGGUACAGUGGCCAGAGACACCAUUGUUUGAUGUAGCCAUCGCAGACUUACCGUUGGACUUUUUCGAGCCGUUAGAGCACUCUGGACGUCUAACUCCACUUAUGUCAGCAUUGUAUAAUAAUGACUUUGAUCUUGUGAAAUUUCUGUUGAAAAAUGGCGCGUCUUCCAAUCUGCCCGAUCAAGAUGGAGUAACACCCAUUAGCAUGCAAGCAAAACUGCAUGAUGCAACACUUGUACGAGUGUUACUGAACAAUGACUAUGUGGAACCAGCUAAAACAGAUGGCUCGAAAACAACACUGAAAAAGAAGAUAUCUCGAGCCGCGUUUGAAAUCAAAACCUGUAGGUGGUGUGAUGAUGAUGAUGGUGGUGAUGAUGAUAAUGAAGAUAAAGAUUAUGAUGAAAUGAUGAUGAAGGCGAAGAUGAUUUUGAGAGUUGUGGAGAAGACAAGUAAUGUAGAUCUUACAGUGACCGACAAGUUUGGCUGGACGCUAGCGGAGGCGAAAGCGAAUAUGUUUGAAGCUGACGCUGAUUCUAUGAUAAAGAAACUGAUACCAAGUGAUGCAGAGGCAGCUAAAACCAAACCAAAACCUAAAGUUGAUGAGCAGUGUAUGGCAGCUGAUACAGGGGAGGUAGUGUUUGACAAGGAGAACAAUCGACCUUUUGACAUUAUUCUAUCAAAGAUAGAAGUGAGAAGCCCUUCUCAAUGAACACUUAAUAACUUUUAUAAGAUGCAGAUAAUCUAUCACAAAAGUAAGGACAUUUAUGUUUUCUGUUUACAAUGGGGUCGUAUCGGGACGAGACGGGCAUGUACCAAGAAACACUCCGUACACAAACGUUUGGCUGAGGCUACGUCCUCAUUCUCUAAAAUAUUCAAAUCCAAGACUGGGAAUGCAUGGUCAGAUUUAAACAAUUUUGAGAACCAACCAAAAAAAUACCGCUUGGUAGAGCUAGACAACCAGCCGUCACCAGUCUCAGGGCGAUGUUGGAUGAUGCAGGCAGCUUUACGGAAUGCCAAGAUGGCCGAGGAGUACAUGCCAUUUGGUAGAAUAAAACGAGAUGUAUUAAUAGAAGCAAGAAAAAUAUUACAGAAAAUUGGGUAA